AUGUCGCAUAUCUAUGAAACUUUAAAAACUCCACCAAGUGGAGGGAUUUGUGCCGAAUGUCAAAAGGCAUUUAAAAGUAAAGAGAGUGUAGUUAAAUGUACUAAAUGUGGGGUAAUUCUUCACAGUAAAAAGUGCGAAGAGAAAUAUAGUAAGAAACGAGGAAAUUGUACUGGUGCAAAAAGUUCUGGAAGUACAAACAGUACACCAACUUCAUCAACAAAACUAAAUGGUAAUAAUAGUAAAGGAAGUGCAACCCAUUCUACACCAUCUAAAUCAAUUAGUAUAACACCUGAAGAACGAGAAAAAUAUAUGAAAGAAAUUGGAGAGUCAAUGAAAGUAGAUGUUUCAGUAUUACCAAAAGAUCAAUUAGAUAUUUUAAUUGAGAAAUAUAUUGAACAAAAACAAAAAGAGAAUGUAAUUGUUAAAAGUCAAAUGUCAACACCUGAAACAGCUGUAAAGCGAUUAGUAGAUAGUUCAUUUACUUUAAAAGAACUAAAAGACUUUGAGAUUGAAAUUAGAAAUGCUAGUACUAAUUAUAUUCAAAAAUUUAUUGAAAAUAAAGGAAUAGAUGCUUUCUUUAAAAUGUUUAAUAAACUUAUGAUGAACCCUCAUUUUAAAGUUACAGAAAUUCCUGAAGCUGAAAAGAAAACUAUUUAUAUUUUAAGAAAGCUUUUAGAAACUGAAACAAUUUUUAAUGACGUUAUUUGUAGUGCAGAAUAUCUUUGUACUAUUUUAAUGGCACUAUCCUCUAAGUCUAUCUCUACAAAUGAACGAAUUGAAUUAGUUAAUGGAGUUUUACUAAAAUCAUGUGGUAAUUCUGAAGAAACUACAAAUACACUUCAUGAAAUAAAUUCUAAAAAUUUAAUUAAAGCAUCUACUGAGCUUAAAAGUAAAAGAAAAAAUAAAAUUAGGUUUGAAUGGCUUGUUAACCUUUUUGAUACAGAAAAUAAUGAACUAAAGAAAGCAGCCAUGGGAGUAAUGCAUGCAAUGGUAAAAAAUAUUGAUAAUAUCUUCUUGAGAAUGGAUAUUAGAACAGAAUUGAUUUGUCUUGGUGCAGAAAAGUUUAUUGCAAAUAUUAAUGAAAUUUAUGGUGAGACUGAUGACCCUAUUAUGGAUAUUUUUGAUGAAUGGAUUCAAAUAAGUGAAGAUGAUGACAAAACAAUGAAGAGUCUAAUUGAAAAGGUAAAUGAUAAGUUAGAAGAUAAAAUUGAUUUAAAUGAUGAUAAAAAAGUUUCUAGUUCCUUAGAAAGAAUUAUGAAAGACUUACAUAUUGAUAAGUUAUAUCAUGAAUUAAUGAAAGAAGCUGCCUAUUUGUCUAGUUCAGAUACAUCAUCAGUCAUCAUGUCUAAAUGGAUGGCCUUUGAGUGUAUUACUAGAAUGGUUGGGUUCUAUGAUCUUGAUAGAAAAGACCUUGAUGGGGUUCAACCAUAUGAUGAAAUUUAUGAAAUUGGAGGGAAGAAAGUAAAAUUAAAUGAAUUGUUCGAGAGUGUCUCUUCUGUAGCAUCUUUGUAUAUGAUUGAUUCGGAAUUAAAAGUUGUUAACGAUAAAUUGGUUGCAGCAAAAAAUCAAUCUGCUACUGCAUCAGAUCGUUUGAAAAAGAGGAAAGAUAGAAUCCCAGAAUAUGAAAAUGAUAAGAAAAAAGCAGACAAUGAAAUGAAAAUUAAGCAAGAGGCCCUUCAAGGGUCUAAAGCUAAGUUAGAAGGGUUUAAACAAGACCUUACCUCUUUACAAAAACAACUUGCUGAAAGACCUUCUACUGUUGUUAUUGGUAAAGUUAAUACAACAAUAACUAAUAAUGCUACUAGUACUAUGCCACCACCCCCUCCUCCUCCUGGAGCUGUUUCAGUUCCACCACCCCCUCCACCACCUGGAAUGCCUGGUAUGCCUCCACCACCUCCUCCUCCUGGUAUGCCAGGAAUGCCACCACCUCCUCCUGGUGGUUUUGGAUUUAGACCAGCUGCACCUAAACCAAACGCAUAUGUAACUAUGUUGCCAAAACCAACCAAAAAAGUUAAAAACUUCCAAUGGCAGAAACUUACAGAUAGACAAUUACAAGGAACUGUAUUCCUUAAGAUGGAUACAUUAGACAAAAUUCCAAUUGAUUUUAAGAUGAUAGAAGAACAGUUUAAAGUCCCUGAACGGGCAAAACCAACAGAGGCUAAAGAAACAAAGAAACAAGGGCCUGUUUGUAUUCUUGAUGGUAAACAAAAUCAAACAUUAACAAUUACAUUAAAAGGAUUUAAGAAUAAAACUAUUAAGGAAGUUUGUAUUGCGGUAAAUAAAUGUGAUGCAUCAUUAUUUGAAGAAGCUAGUGCUGUUAGAAAUUUACAAAAAGCUAUUCCAAGUAAAGAAGAAAUGGAACCAGUUUAUGCAUAUUAUAAAGAACAUAAUGGAGAUGAAAGUAACAUUGGAGUGGCUGAACAAUUUGCAUAUGCAUUAAGUAAUAUUCAAUCAGUUAAUAUCAAAUUAGAGGCGUUUGCAUGUAAAUUAGAAUUUCCAGUGAAGUUAUCAGAAAUUCUUCCAGACAUUAAGAAAGUUGAAGUUGCCUGCAAACAAUUACUUGAAAGUAAAAAAUUACUUCGACUAAUGGAAGUGAUUUUAUUGAUUGGUAAUUAUUUAAAUCAAGGAACUGCUAGAGCUAAAUGUCAUGGAUUUUCUUUUAACACGUUACAAAAAUUAAGUGAUACAAAAACUGGAGAUAAUAAACGAACACUACUUCAUUUUAUUGCCUCAAUUGUUGAAGAAAAAUAUAAAGAUGAUGUACUUGGAUGGGAUGAAGAAAUUAUUGGAGUUGUUGAUGCAUCAAAAGUUCCAGGUGCUCAAUUUGAAUCAGAAAUUGGAGGAUUAGAAAAAACAUUUGCAACCAUUGAAAGUUCUGUUAAAAAAGUGAAAGAAGAAGAAGGGUGUGAUUUCUUAUCUGUAAUGAAUGCAUUUAUUCUUGCAUCUAAACAAGAUCUUGUAGAUUUAAAAGAAACGUAUCAAAAGACUAUGGUCGUUUAUAAAGAUGUACUAAAAUAUUUUGGUGAAAAUGUGAGUAAACCACCUGCACCAGAAGAGUUCUUUAAACCACUUGCAUCAUUUAUUGAAAGUUGGAAAAACGCAAGAAAAGAUAAUGCAAAAGCAAAAGAACAAGAAGAAAAAGAGAGGAAAAAAGCUGAAGAAGCUAAAAAGAAAGCUCAAUUAGCAGCAGCUAGAAAAGCUGGUGGAAAAGUUGAUGCUCUUGGAGAUGUAGAUACAAUGAAAAAGUCACCGAUUAUCAGAAAGAAAACAACAAAGAAAAUGGUAAGAAUAGCUGAAGUCUAA